AGAAAAAAAAUCCGGAGAGUGUUACGAAAUAGCCACAGCUUCAAUGGGUGACGUGCGUCUUUAUAAUUUAUAACGUAUAAACUCUCACCCCUUUCAACCGCGUUGGCAAAUUCGCGUUCAGAAGCAACUACAACAAUCCAUUUCCCUUUCUAAAUCCUCUCUUCUUCUUCUUUUCCUUCUUUUACUUCAAUCCCCUUUGUGUUUCAAUCUCAAAUAUUAUUCCUUUUUCUACUAACCCACUUCCUUCAUCCAUAGAAACCUAAUUCCAUCCUUCAAUUUCUUUUACAAUUGAGUUCUCGCACCCCGAUUCUUCUGCGUACGUCUAUCGAUCUCGAUUACCCUUGUUUCAAUUUGGGUUCUUUUGAAUCUUAUUGCUUGUUCUGGAACUGGUGAUGAAAGAUUUCUACUCGCUUUUGCAGUUCUGUUUGUGCCCUAACUAAACCUGCUUCCUCUUUCUUCUUCCGCUUCUUCUUGUGCUGUUAUUUUUUUUUUUUUUUAUUGUAUGAAGAGGUGUUGGGUGUGAGGUAAAGGGUAGAAGGUUUGGAUUCUUUGUUAACUAAUGUCCGUAGAAAGAUCUUUUGAAGCUUGGGAGGAGGUGCAGAGGCAUGGUCAGGAUUUGGCGGAUCGUCUUGCUCAGGGUUUUACGGGAUUGAUUCAUUCUCAUAUAUCCUCGCCUUCUUUUUCUUGGCCUAAUCCUCCUAAUUCUAAACUUUUUGAUCUUGAAUUUCCGGGUCAGAGUUUUGGAAUCAAGGAUUAUGGGUUGACUGCUCAUAAUUCUGGAAUUAAUGGAGUUACAUCAAUUUUUGAUAUUGGGAAUAGGAUUGGACAAGCUGGGGCUGAUUUUGGUGCUUGUUUGAAUGGUAUGGUACAGCAGUUUUUCAGACAGUUGCCAGUGCCGUUUCGGCAAGAGGAGAAUGUGAUAGCAUCGAUUAGGAUGGAUAUGGAUAAGAGCUGGCAGAGGGAUGAUAUGGGAGUUGCCGUUCAAGGUAAUCGCGUACCGGAGUGCUUGCGUAAUUCUGAACUUGCUGAUGGUGUUUCAGAUGGGGUGGUUGAUGAUGAAGCUUCUGGCUUUGAUUUAAAGGCUAUAGGUCAUCUGGGUAGGGCACAGGGCACGAUCAAUAUUUCUUCAACGUAUGAUAGCAGAUCACGAGAUGUGGAAAGUUCAUUAGUUGCUAGAGGAGAUUUAUGGAGAGUAGAGGCAUCACAUGGCAGAACUGCAGCUGGAAAUGACAAUUCAUCUUUAUUUCUGCUGCAGCUUGGGCCAGUACUCUUUGUUCGUGAUUCAACACUUCUUUUGCCUGUCCACCUAUCAAAGCAACACUUGCUUUGGUACGGUUAUGAUAGGAAGAAUGGAAUGCAUUCUCUAUGUCCAGCAGUCUGGUCAAAGCAUAGAAGGUGGCUGUUUAUGUCAAUGCUUUGUCUCAAUCCCCCAGCUUGUUCCUUUGUUGAUUUACAGUUCCCCAACGGGCAGUUGACUUAUGUGUCGGGUGAAGGUUUAACUACAACAGCAUUUAUGCCCUUUUGUGGAGGCCUCCUUCAAGCUCAAGGUCAAUGUCCAGGAGAAAUGAGAUUCAGCUUCUCGUGCAAGAAUAAGUGGGGAACCCGAAUAACACCAAUAGUGCAAUUGCCUGACAAAUCAUUUACUUUGGACCUUGCUCAAUCAUUAGCUUGGAAGAGAUCAGGUCUUUUGGUGAAACCAACUCUUCAGUGCAGUUUGAGUCCAACUUUUGGUGGAAGCAAUCCUGGGUUUCGUGCUGAAAUUGUUCAUUCAGUGAAGAAACAUCUAAAUCUCAUGUGCGGUUGUUCUUUCAUUGCUCACCCUUCUGCAUUUGCUUCAAUUUCUAUUGGCAGAUCGAAGUGGAAUGGAAACGUCGGAAAUUCAGGGGUUGUUGUAAGAGUUGAUACGCCACUCUCAAAUAUUCGUAGAACGUCAUUCUCUGUUCAAAUAAAUACUGGGAUUGAGUGUUAGAUCCUCAGAAACAUGAGUUUUUGGUAGUUUACAAGUGUAUAUAUAGUCUCAAAACUGUUGUCUUUUACUUACACGAUGGAUGAAUAUAUAUAUCAACUAUUGAUUGAAGCCAUCGUUUGUAAAUUAUGACAAAUCCUUUUCUUGUU